AUGGCGAGAUGGCUGCCUCGCUCUACCGACCUGACCCGCUUCUGCCAGAAACUCAACCGGGUGAAGACCUUGGAGGAUGACAUGAUGGAGACGUCCUUCAACAGAUGCCUUUCCACCAUCGACUUGACACUGCUGGGCAUUGGGGGCAUGGUGGGCUCCGGGCUGUACGUCCUUACGGGCACAGUGGCCAAGGAGAUCGCUGGCCCUGCCGUCAUCGUCUCCUUCAUCAUCGCCGGCUUUGCCUCGCUCCUGGCUGCUCUCUGCUAUGCUGAGUUUGGAGCCCGGGUACCCAAGACGGGCUCUGCCUACAUGUUCACCUAUGUGUCCGUGGGUGAGAUCUGGGCCUUCCUCAUCGGCUGGAAUGUGCUGCUGGAGUACAUGAUUGGGGGAGCUGCGGUGGCCAGGGCCUGGAGCGGCUACCUGGACUCCAUCUUCAACCACAAGAUAAAGAACUUCACUGAGACCCACGUGGGCGCCUGGCAGGUGCCGUUCCUGGCCCACUACCCCGACUUUCUGGCAGCUGCCAUCCUGCUGGUAGCCACCGCCUUCAUCUCCUUUGGGGCCAGAGUGUCCUCCUGGCUCAACCACGUCUUCUCAGCCAUCAGCAUGGGUGUCAUCCUCUUCAUUCUCAUCAUGGGAUUCAUCCUCGCGCAGCCCAAGAACUGGAGUGCCCAAGAGGGUGGCUUUGCCCCACAUGGGCUCUCGGGUAUCAUGGCCGGCACGGCCACCUGCUUCUACGCCUUCGUGGGCUUCGACGUCAUCGCAGCCUCCAGUGAAGAAGCCAGGAACCCCCAGCGGGCUGUCCCCAGGGCCAUCGCUUUCUCCUUGGGGCUGGCCACCGGGGCCUACAUCCUGGUGUCAAUGGUGCUGACGCUGAUGGUGCCCUGGCACACACUGGACCCUGACUCUGCCCUGGCAGAUGCAUUUUACAGGAGGGGCUAUGCCUGGGCAGGGUUCCUGGUGGCCGCUGGCUCCAUCUGUGCAAUGAACACGGUCCUGCUGAGCAACCUCUUCUCCCUGCCACGCAUCGUCUAUGCCAUGGCUGAGGACGGGCUCUUCUUCCAGGUCUUCUCCCAAGUGCAUCCCCGCACGCAGGUGCCUGUCAUCGGCAUUGUGGUCUUCGGGCUGCUCAUGGCCCUGUUGGCCCUCGUCUUUGACCUAGAGGCCCUGGUGCAGUUCCUGUCCAUCGGCACGCUGCUGGCCUAUACCUUCGUGGCCGCGAGCAUCAUCGUCCUGCGCUUCCAGCAGCAAAAACAAAAAGUGGAUCCUCCUGCACCGGCAGCCGGUGCCCGGCCAAGCCCUGAGCCCCACGAGGGUCCAUCUGCUGGUGAGCUGAAGGAGUAUGAGUCCUUCUCCGACAAGCUCCAGCUGGUGGACAGAGACAAGAGCAAAGAACACCGGGAGCCGGGACAGCUGAAGGCAGCUUUUGAGCCCUACCUGGAGUUCCUCAGCGACUUCUACCCGGGCGAGGUGGUCACGGUGGCCGUGGUGACCCUGAUGGUGUCUGCCAUCUGCUUGUGCUCCAUCUUGGUGUUUGGCAACACCCACCUCCACCUGCCCACCUGGAGCUACUCCCUGCUGCUGGUCCUCUUCAGCCUGGGCUUCCUGCUCAGCCUCCUCCUCAUCUGGGCGCACGAGCAGCAGCGCAGCACGCAGACCUUCCAGAUCCCACUGGUACCUCUCUCCCCAGCGCUGAGCAUCGUCCUCAAUAUCUAUCUGAUGCUGAAGCUCAGCUACAUGACGUGGCUCCGCUUCGCUGUCUGGCUGCUCUUAGGCCUGCUCGUCUACUUCGGUUACGGCAUCUGGCACAGCAAGGAGAACCUGCGGGAGCCCCGGCCGCAGCGAGUCAGCGCCCGCUACGUGGUGUUCCCCAGCGGCAGCCUGGAGGAGAGGGUGCGGGCGGUCCAGCCCGGCUCCCAGCCCGCCACCGGGCUGCCGGACACCGACACCGAAGACUGCAAGAGAUGA